AUGCUAUCCGUGGCUUCUGAUAACAACAACAAAUUUAUUGUGUGCGGGCGGAAACUAAACGGGUACUCUAGUUUGGAUUUAUUCGUUAUGCCUAUAACCGACAAACCGCGAUUAAAUCACUCACAAAAUGCCAAAAAAAUCAUACCAGCUACACCCAAUCCAUGGGUCGCCGGUGGUCCUCCGGGAGGAAAGGACGCCGUCCUGGUGUUCCGCACCUACGCGCUAUCACCGGCGGCUUCGGAGAACGGUUCGGACCUAUGCUCCGGUAGUGGCAGCCCAUCAGUGACACCGUCGUCGGAAGCUUCGUCAAGCCCAUAUCCAGCCGAUACUGCAGCCAACGCUGGUUCGUCAACAACAACUCGGCUGGCCGAGUUGAAGAGCGCACAUAAAGCAUCUUCCACUGCCACCAAUUCUACACUGCCGAAGAAUUUUAACGUUCAGCGUAAAACGCGUGGAACGGCACCGAGCAGAAGCAGCACAGUCACUACCGAGGACGAAAACGAUGACGAUGAGGAAGAGGGUGAAGGUGGUGACGAGGAUGAGGAUGAUGAGGAGGAUGAGCUUGAGCGUAAUGAUCGGGUUGCGGCCAGAGAAGAAGACGUUCAGGACGAUGAAGAGACAGGAGAGGGCGAGGGCAAUGACGACGAGGAGGAUGGGGAUGAAACGGAUGCCGGUACAACAUCGCAGGAGGAAUCAAGCCCGGUCAAGGGAAAGGCAACAGUCGCUGGUGAAAAUUCGGGACGCACCAACAAGCCCAAAAAACGUCAGCUCGAAUCGUCGUCCUCGUCCAGCUCGCUUAGCAAUGCGUCCAUGUCCAGCGUUAAGGGUGGCUCGGGUGAUGAAAUAGACACGGAAAUGUCAACUUCGAAAUCGGAACCCGCGCUUGCGAUGGCCGCAAUGGACAAGAAACUAGCCGCACAUCGCAAACACAAGGAGGAAAACAAAGAAAACCAACAAAGCGCACCAACGAAAACGGAAAUGCCGGCUGCACAGUUAAACAUUUGCUACAAGUUCAUUAACACGGAAACGCGACUGCUAAGGAAGAUCCUAAACGCGCACGGUAUGGGCGAGAGUGGACCGGAGUGUAAUGACUUCAAUCUGCUGUGGACGGGCAUACAUCUGAAGCCGGACAUUUUGCGUAAUCUAGCCCCGUAUCAGCGGGUGAAUCAUUUCCCGAGGUCCUACGAGCUGACACGCAAAGAUCGUCUAUACAAAAACAUUGAGCGGAUGCAGCAUCUUCGGGGCUAUAAGCAUUUCGACAUUGUACCACAAUCAUUCCUACUGCCACAGGAUUACAAGGAACUGAUAGCAGCGCAUAACAAAUGUCGGGGCCCAUGGAUUGUAAAGCCGGUUGCCUCUAGCCGAGGUCGGGGUAUUUUCAUUGUCAAUUCGCCGGAUCAGAUUUCAUCGUUUGAACAGGUCGUGGUGGCCAAGUACAUUUCCGAUCCGCUUUGCAUCGACGGGCAUAAAUGUGACAUUCGCAUAUACGUUGCAGUGACCUCGUUCGAUCCACUCAUCAUCUACAUCUACGAGGAGGGUCUGGUCCGGCUGGCCACCGUCAAGUACGACCGGACGGCGGAAAAUCUCUGGAAUCCCUGCAUGCAUCUGUGCAACUAUAGCAUCAACAAGUACCACACCGAUUACAUCCGUUCGAGCAACGCCGGGGAAGAGGAUGUCGGGCACAAGUGGACGCUGAGUGCGCUGUUGAGGCACCUCCGCAGCCAGGGUUGCAACACCGAGCAGUUGAUGCUCGCGAUCGAGGAUUUGAUCAUUAAGGCAAUUUUCUCCUGCACGCAGCCGAUCGUGUCCGCCUGCCGGAUGUUUGUGCCGCACAUUGGCAACUGCUUCGAGCUGUACGGCUUUGAUAUCUUGAUCGACGACAUGCUGAAACCGUGGCUCCUGGAGGUGAACCUCUCGCCGUCACUCGGCUGUGAUACGCCGCUCGACACGAAGGUGAAAGCGUCGAUGCUGACCGAUCUGCUCACGAUGGUGGGCAUACCGGCCAUCAGUCCGCUGCAGAAGGCAUGCUACGAUAGCAAGGGCCAGAAGAUACGUAACCUCACGACACCGUAUCGGCGCGUCAAUUCGGCCGAUUUUGUACACACCACCGGGCGGAAGGAUGGGCCCGGUACCGGUAGUAAUCAGCAGCAGCACCAAGGGAAAGGCGAUGGGGGUGGAAAGCUGCAGACGACUCUGAGUGCGCUGACGGCAGAGGAGCUGAAGAUUGUUCGCUUUGCCCGGUCGCAGUAUGAACGGCGGGGUGGUUUUGUGCGAAUUUUCCCAACAAGCGACAGCAUGACCCGGUACGGAUCAUUGCUGGACCCAAUCACGGGCAUUCCCACAUCGGCCAUCACGUCGUCCAGCAGUGGCACCUAUCUAAUGAUCAUACCGCACAACUACAAUCAGAUGUUACACUCGCAGCUAUUCCCGGCUGGAAGUGAAACGGAGAAUCGGAUCGUGCAUCGGAUUCAGAAGUACGAGCGUGCCCUUGAAAGCUCGCUACCGAUUACGAUCGGUCCGAAGCAUACGGCACCGAAGUGUGUGGAUGAAGCGAAGCGGCUUCGGCUGCAGGUGCGGAAGUUGAUCGAGAACGGGCACGAGAUGAGCAUUCUACAGGCCAGGCGAGCGUUUGGAUUUUACUUGGAGUACAUCCUGAAGCGGCUGUCAUCCGAGCCGAAACACAGCCACGAGGAGCUAAUUAUGAAGUUCCUGUAUCGCGUCGGUGCACACAUGAAGACGCCUUUUUUCUUCCGCAACUUUGGGAAUAAGGCGCUUGGCAAGGAUCGUGGUGCGAUGGUGGCAAAACAGCUCGGCGACUAUUUGCAUCUGUACAACAAGGAGACGGAAUCGUACGUGGAUGUGUUCGAUAUCGUGGGGAUGUUGCCGAUAAAGCUGUUCGACGAUUUUCUGAUGCAGGCCAGCGAAGCGGAUCUCGAGUCCGUCCUGACACUUCACACGAAUCUUACCCAACAGAUGCCAUUUCUGUACAGUGGCUGCUCGACCAGUAUUCCACCGGCACCUCCCAUACCGGUUGGUGCGCACGGUUUUCUGAAGGCCCUUCCCAGCAUGGCUCCGGGCGGUGCCAACAAGGAGCUGAUACGAUUGGAUCCGUUUUAUCGCCGUGUUGAGAGUAGACUGCCGCUUGGAGCUCGUGUGGCCGGGCUGUCAGAUGCACGCGGACCGGGUGUAGGCGAGUCGAAAAGCUCUGCCCGGCUUUCUCCGAUGAAAAAGAAACCACCCAUCGGCAGCAUGGUAAAAUCGUCCCGCGAGCGAGAGCAGCGUUCAAACUGGCUUUACUGA